AUGGCGCUGCUGGGUCUCCGGGCAACGCAGGCCAAGGUGGUCGACACCCUGUCGCAGACCCUGCCCAGCGCGAGGGCCCUCGCGCCGAGUGUCCCGCCGCAGGCCCCCCCCCUGCGGGAGUCUGGUGGCGCGCGCUGCCUCCAUGUGGGCGGGGUGGGCCGCGACCGCAGCGUGCGGGAGGACCUCGUCCAGCAGCUCUUCCAGCUCCACGACCUCGACGGGGACGGGCUGCUCGCCGAGGACGAGCUCAUCAGACUGAACGAGAAGGUGGCCCUCCUGCACCGCGGCGAGGUGGACAAAGGCGCUGUUGUGGCAAGAUUUCAGAAAGUCUUCCGCGACAAGCUGGAUCCAGGCGGGCGUCCCGUGACGUUCGAGCGGUUCCUGGACUACAAGCUGGGGCUGCUGCAGGAGCUCGACCCGGACCCGCAGUCGCAGGAAAUGAUGCUGGAGCAGUUCAUCGCAGAGGCUAGGCUCGCGCGGGACUCCUUCCGGUAUCCGUCCUUCCAGAGCCAUCACAGCUGGCCUUCUGCCAUCGCAAGCGACGUCGACGGCGUGACGCCUGUCGCCGCGGCCAGCCUCCCGACCGUGGGCGGCGAUUCCGCCGAGCUCCUGCCUCCGACGAUGGACUCUGGACUUACAGGGCCUCCCCCCGGACAGCCGCCGCCGCCCGGCGGCGGCAGCAGCGCGCCCGCCGCCAGGGAGGGCCACAGGGAGCGGCUGCUUCCGGGGCCGCCGCCCCGGACCGGCGAGGCGUCCCAGCUGCUCGCCCAGGGCAGCUCUCCUGCCGGCGCGCUGUCCCUCGCCGACAAGGUCGCGCAGAUGGCCGCCGCACCCUCGCUGGCGGAGAGGGCGGGGCUGAGUCCAGGACACGGGGCUCGCGGCGAAGCCCUCGGCAGCUUCCUCGGCGACGCCGGCUCCUCCGAGCCGGGCCCCAGCGGCGCGCCAGAGGCCGCCGCCCCUGCCGUGGUGUUGUGGGCCGCCAAGGGGGACAAGGUGCAGGUGUGGAGCAACUCCAAGGGCGGGUGGCUGGACGCCUUCGUCGAGGAGGCCUUCGCCCAGACCUGCCGCUCCGAGGGCUACACCGUCCCAGCGGGGACGCUGAAGGUGCGAUCGUCGGCCGGCGUGAAGUGGGCGGCCCGCCUAGCGUCCAGCGCCGACACCUCCACCGCUGCUGCUCGGAGAUGCCAGGAGGCGCCGCUGGUUUCGUCCACCUGCCGCGCCCUGCCUCACGACUGGAACCUAGUGCUCACCGGGGCUCUGUCUGGCGUGAGCACCGGGCGGCUCGCGCCGGACUGCGUCGCUCUCCUGAGCGGCCCGCCGACGGGCCUCGCUCCCAUCGGCCCCGUGGUGGGUGCGGUGUCGGUCGUGAGUGCCAGGCGGCUCGCGCUGGAGGGCGCCGUCCUGACGAGCAGCCUCACGAGGAGCAUCAAGGCGGCCGCGUCGGCCACCGUCGCUGCGGACGCGCACGCCAAGGUGGACGGCGCCAUCAAAGUGAAGCAAGCGCAGAGCGCAGACACGCAGAGUGACCACGUCAAGGCCGUGGAGGCCGAGGCUGCCAAGGCCGCCGAGGAGGCCGAAAGGGCCGCGGAGGAAAAGGCGGCCGCCGCUGCGAAGGCCGCCGCCGCGGCGAAGGCGGCCGCCGCCGAGGCGAAGGCCGCCGCCGACGCGAAGGCGGCCGCCGAUGCGAAGGCGUGA